GUCGAGUGAGUUCCAGAAGCGCUCCACCUCCAACGGGCCGGCGCCAUGUGGAGACGAGGGAGCGCGUGGACUGCGCUCGGCCGGGCCGUGGCAUUUCCGGGCCGAAGAGGCUGGAGCUUGAGUCAAAGGUAUUCGAGCACCGGGGUCACCAGCCAAAUCACCGGCAAGCGGUUGGCAAGCGUGGCCGUCGGCUGCCUGGCGUUCGUCUCCGCCGGAGCGGUUUACGACUUGAUGUCCCAGUGGGUCUCCAAGCGGAUCGAGGAGGAAUGGGCGGAGGACUGGGAUGAGGAGCUCGCGGACGAGGAGGGCGCGCCCAAGGAGAUGGCCGCGGCUUUCGCUCUCGCCAGAUCGCUGCGCUACCAGCGCAGCAAUGUGGGCACGCGGCACCUGCUCUUCGUGCGCCACGCGCAGCCGGGGGAGGAGGCGGAGCUGUCGCCGCUGGGGCUUCAGCAGGCUGAGCUCGCGGCGCAGAGGAUCUUCAGCCAGGUUGGGCUGUCCAAGUACAAGGUGAUUUUCCACGCGCCCUCGGCCGAAGCCAAAGCCACUGCAGACGUCAUCCAGAAGCGCCUGGGGAAGGUGCUGGCGAAAGAGUCGGAUCUGCUGGUGGAAGGCGUCCCCAUGGUGCCAGACCCAGCCCCGGAGCAGUUGCAGCAGCUGCCCAAAGAUGUCCUGUUCAAGGACAUGGUUCGCGCAGAGGGCGCCUUGCGAACCCACCUCGCGGCAGACUUAAGUGGACUAGCUACUGAGACCAUCUGUUCUUCUUUUCUUUUGUCCGUUUUUGCGGCAGAGAGGUGUGGAGCACGCAGUUUUCACGGUUCCACGCCGCGGGCUUUCCAUUCAGACGGCCAUGGCCAAUCAGACGCCAUCGUUUUUGCGGCUGCGCCGCGCCUCGCUCGCUGCGUGUCGUUUCGAGCCCCGUCCCAGUGGCGCCCUGCGGGUGGCCCCGAGAGCACCGCGGAGAUCGUCGUGGGCCACGGGAACCAGAUGCGCUACGUGCUGUGCCGAGCCCUGCAGCUGAACCCCAACGUUUGGUCGCGCUUUGCGGCUGGCCAUGCCACGGUCUCGUGGCUGGAAAUCAGCAGCGACGGCUCUGUGCUCCUCCGGGAAUUCGGGGGCUCCGGGCACCUACCGCCGGAGCUGCGCACCUACCGGUGAAUCCGGUG